UUCAUGCGAUGCUGCCAGCGUGACGUGUAAUCUAGUGGACGGUUAUUCAUAAACAGCUCGUCAACCACCUCGGCAGCUUGCUAGCCAACAUAGCCGAAAGAUUCAAGCUUUCGGUCUAUAUUAGCUACCGUGUUUUAGACACAACUGUGUCCUAUCUACAUGUUAACCUAUUUAAUUUAAUAUCACGUUAUUUUGUAUUAGUCAGCUAUAGUAGCUGGCUGGUUAAGUUAGCACUAGCCUAGUCGCUAAUGAUAGCUAGCUAGCUAACAUCCCCGAACAUGAGCUUCCUAAACUUCCCUCCUCCUGCUAAAGAAGAGGCGGUCUGCUGGACGGAGAAAGAAGCUCUGGGGCUGAACAUUAUCGUGAAAGAGGAGAAGGAAGAAGAGGAUGUCACAGUUAAAAAACAAGUAGAGGGUGAGGCUGUUACAGUGAAAGAAGAAGAGAAAGACGUUUCAGUGAAAGAAGAGGAAGACUCGUUCAGAGUGAAAGAAGAGGAAGAGGAGGAUGCAGUUUUUGGAGUGAAGAAGGAAGGAGAGAUUACUGUCACAUUGAAAGAUGAAGGGGAGAUAGGAGAUCUGAGUAACACCAGAGAGAGACAUGACUACCGUGGGUCAUCUGGGGAGCCUCAACAACCUCAUGAUGCUGACAAGGCAGAGAAGAGUCUCUCCACAUUAGAACACAUCAAGAAACACCCGCAGAGAUCCACAGGGAAGAUACCUCACUGCUUUUCUGAAUGUGGGAAGAGAUUCACCUCAGCAGGCAUUAAAAUUCAUCAGAGAAUCCACACAGUAGAGAAAUCGUAUAACUGUACUCAAUGUGGGAAGAGUUUUACUCAUUCAUCCAGCCUGAUAUCACACAGGAGAAUACACACAGGAGAGAAAUCUUAUAGCUGUACUCAAUGUGGGAAGAGUUUUACUCAUUCAUCCAGCCUGAUAUCACACCAGAGAACACACACAGGAGAGAAACCUUAUAGCUGUACUCAAUGUGGGAAGAGUUUUACUCAUUCAUCCAGCCUGAUAUCACACCAGAGAACACACACAGGAGAGAAACCUUAUAGCUGUACUCAAUGUGGGAAGAGUUUUACUCAUUCAACCAGCCUGAUAUCGCACCAGAGAACACACACAGGAGAGAAACCUUAUAGCUGUGGUCAAUGUGGGAUGAGUUUUGCUCAGCAAAGCAGCCUGAUAUCACACCAGAGAACACACACAGGAGAGAAACCGUAUAUCUGUGAUGAAUGUGGGAAGAGUUUUGAUACAUCUAGCCAUCUUACUGUACACCAAAGAUCACACACAGGAGAGAAACCGUAUAGUUGUACUCAAUGUGGGAAGAGUUUUUUUACAUCUAGCCAUCUGAAGAUACACCAGAGAAUACACACAGGAGAGAAACCUUAUAGCUGUACUCAAUGUGGGAAGAGUUUUUUAACAUCUAGCCAGCUGAAGAUACACCAGAGAACACACACAGGAGAGAAACCGUAUAGCUGUGGUCAAUGUGGGAAGAGUUUUACUCAGCUAAGCAACCUGAUAUCACACCAGAGAACACACACAGGAGAGAAACCGUAUAGCUGUGAUGAAUGUGGGAAUUGUUUUACAAAGUUGUGUAAUCUGACUCUUCACCAGAGAACACACACAGGAGAGAAACCUUAUAGCUGUGCUCAAUGUGGGAAGAGUUUUUUUACAUCUAGCCAUCUGAAUAUACACCAGAGAACACACACAGGAGAGAGACCUUAUAGCUGUGAUCCAUGUGGGAAGAGUUUUACUCAGCUAAGCAGCCUGAUUUCACACCAGAGAAUACACACAGGAGAGAAACCUUAUAGCUGUACUCAAUGUGUGAAGAGUUUUACUCACCUAAGCAGCCUGAUAUCACACCAGAGAACACACACAGGAGAGAAACCGUAUAGCUGUGAUCGAUGUGGGAAGAGUUUUACUCAGCUAAGCAGCCUGAUAUCACACCAGAGAAUACACACAGGAGAGAAACCUUAUAGCUGUACUCAAUGUGGGAAGAGUUUUACUCACAUAAGCACCCUGAUAUCACACCAGAGAACACACACAGGAGAUAAACCAUAUAGCUGUAAUGAAUGUGGGAAGAGUUUUGUUCAAUCUGGCAAUCUGACAGUACACCAGAGAACGCACACAGGAGAGAAAUUGUACAGCUGUAAUCAAUGUGGGAAGAGUUUUGUUCAAUCUGGCAAUCUGACAGUACACCAGAUAACACACACAGGAAAGAAAUCUUGAGAUAAUCUGAUAAAACGCUGAUCAAGUAAUAGAAAAUACAUACAUGGGGUGGUUUCAUGAUAUCAAGUAAUUCAUGUCACAAUGUGGAAUGUUAACACAUUGUAGUAGGAGUAUUUUGAUAUUGUCACAAUGUAGAAGCCUAAUCAUAUGCCCCCUUAUCAUUUGAUUUCAACAUGAUAUGGAUAUUAGCCUCAGGGGGAAAAUCCAGGCUCUGAAUUGGAAGAGUACUAUUGUGAUUUAACAAAAGAUGUACUAACAAAAAAAGAGUUGUGUUACACUUGAAUAAAAAUACAACACUUCAAAA